AUGUAUCUUCCAGGGCGCAAUAUGUACAAACGGGCUGGGCUCCAGAAUCUCUAUAUACUCAACGAAAAGUCUAUCAACGUUCUUCGGCUCGCCCAGAGAGAACCAGAUGCCAAGAUCUGGGACGAUCUUGUGGAAAUCAUCCGGACCGAGCCAGGGCUGGAGUUCUGGAAGAACAUGUCUCUCCAGGCACUAGGCACCAAGGGAAACCGAGGUAAGGAUCUCCGUCUCGUCUUACCUAGUGGCCAUGAGGGCCUUGUAUCCUGUGGGGAAAUCCAGGGAGACUCCGAGUCCGAGCAGGAAGAUGAAAAUAAAGAUGACGCGGAAGAUGAACAUCAGGAGGCACUAUCAUAUUACGGGGAGCCUACUGCUUAUGUUGCACCUACCUCAUCUAAUCAGCAAGCAACGAUCAGUGCUUGUGCAAGUGUCGAUGGUGCAGACGUGGCAUCCCAGCAACCCAUUCCAGAGUUCUCCAUCUACGAUUUGACCCUCAGUCAGGCUCUGAACACUAUCUUCCUGAAUCAGCGCGAUGCUACCAAGAUAACCGAUGUGUUCCUGGGUGCUGUGGACCUUGAAAGACAGCCCGAACGGAUACAGAUUCGCGAAUACUUGGCUGAUGGAGAAUUUCCUCCUCGACUCAUCACGCUCAAAAACUCAGGUUUCUCUCAUCCUACUCCAUUCCCAGCCCUCGAUUCAAAUAAUGGCACCAUGUUCCGCCUUGUCGGCGACCAAAUGGGAAUUGGUCAGAACUUCAAACUGAACGGCGUGAGCAACAGCCUAGAUCUGGAAAAUGCCAUCAUUGUCCUCGGGAGAGUGUAUCUCCAAGCCCGCCGUUUCGGCCUGAUGGAUUUGGUCUAUCGAAUUGCCUUCAAGCUCCAAGUCACCUGGAACUGCUACCCAGAGCUAUACCAAUCCAAACCCCUCUUGGAGGUCGCUUCUCUUGCUUUUGCCGGUCAUACAGAGUUUGAUGAAGCGGACUGUGAUUACCUCCAGUCAUGGUUCAUCCACUUCAUUGCUGAGGCCUCUGAUUUGCUCACAUACAAUGCCAACGAUCAGUUCUGGUCAUUGUUGCGAGCCCAUCCGAGGCUUCAAAACAAAGUUCUCAAUCUUCGAACGCUAGCUCACAUUCAUAACCCCGAGUUGUAUGGCAAUACCCGUGCGCUCCUUGAGAGCCGCGGUCUGGGAAAUCUAUGA